AUAAUGAGCCAUCCUCUACAGUUAGAAGAUGUUCUACAAGAGCUUAAGAGAUUAUAUGAAAAGAAACAUAAAAGAAGGUUACCAGAGUCAUUUAUAUCAUCGGUUCAGAGAAUGGUUAUAAAGGCGAAUUCAAGUGGAGAUGCUUCUAAAAAUUUAUACAAAAAAGCUCAAGAAUGGAGUGAGGAGAAGAAAGUGAAAAUCAUGGCAGAAGAAAUACCAAGCGAUAUUCUUCCAGAGGGCUACAGCGGCACUCUUUCGGACCUCAGAGUUCAUUCUCACGCUGCAGAUGAUGAGAUCUACUAUAAUAAUCCUGAAAUCCAAAAAAUGAUUCCAAGAGGGGUUUGUAUGUUGGAAUUACAAGGGGAAACGUCUUUUUUCGACAUGGUUCUCUAUGCUAACAAAAAAUUUACCGGAGGCGUCGGCGAUGAAGAUGAUAGCCAGCCAGAAAGCAAUGAAGCUUGGAAGAAGUACUGUAUUGCUUCCCCAGAUUCUGCCAGCCUUGUGGUCGGCAUGACAAAGCUAAAUGGAGAAGCAGCUCAUUUUAGUGGCAGAUAUAUAAAUGAUCAAUUCUUCAUAAUUACUGGUAGUAAGAAUGUCCACAUAUUAAUUAGAAAUGCAGAUGAUAUUGACAAGUAUGAGGGAGAAAGAUACUUUGUUGCUAAGCAAGUUGCAAGGGCUGUGUGCGACACCUUGAAAAGACUGGAAGAGAAUCCUCGUCGUCUUGUGUACAGUUUCCUUCACCACACAAAAUGUACUGCUGUCUGUGAGAUUCUUCAGCCAAACUACCAGCAUAUAGUAAACCUGAGCUACCUGGAGGAGCCACAGCUGAAUGUGAUAACGUUUACUUCCACACUUAGUAAUGAAAAGGAAUCGAGUUUAACAGCAUUGCCUCCUCACUACACUCUGGAGGUGUUGUCUCUUUUGGGUUUUCAGACACCAUCAUUUAGCACUGUAUUACCUAAGGAUAUGGGAAGUCAUCAACAGAAGGUCAAAAGGUUGUUAAACAGUGAAGGAGAAGUGCUGUAUCACAUAACUGAUAAAGGAGAGACCAUUGGAAUGGCGAAGGUGAAGAGCAUGUGGUAUGUCAUGAUGAGAGCUUUGAGAGAGAAAGCCAUCUUCUGUUUUCUGGGGGCGAAGCGAAGGCAAAACUGGUCUUUGGAGAGCAUGAUCAGAUUGACGAGGAAACGCUUUGAAGAAAUUCAAGAAUGGUUGAACUUUUCUGAUGAAUACCUUAAUAAGUGGAAGGCUCUCUUAGAAAAUGAUUCUUUUGUAUUGAUGUUUAUUCCUUUCCAGAACUGA